AUGCUUCCCCGUUCUCUGUUUCUUACCACGACGCUCUGCCUUGGCCUCACAAAGGCUGAGCAUGCCUCUAACUUUGAUCUACCCCCUGAGUUAAUGGAGGAGCAUGGCUGCGAUGCCCAAUGUCAAGCCGCCGUAGCCCAAGCAAACGCGGCCGACCUGCAGAUAUUCGGAACCGAGUUUGACUUUGAGUUCUACAGCACAGCGGCGAACUUCACAGCCUCCAAGCCUGGAGAUGUCCUCAAACUCAACCUCGUCGAUAGCUCUACCAUCAACGUCGAGCCGGGCACGACCGUUUUUAAAAUGCAGUAUACGUCUGAAGACUUAAACAGGUCGCCCGUCCCAGCCACCGCGUUCAUUGCGUUUCCAUUAGCUGAGGCGGCGGACCCAUACAAGCUCGUGGCGAUUGCGCACGGCACCACUGGGGUUUUCAGGGGCUGUGCCCCUUCCGUGCCCAAUGCUAUGCCCAGCUAUCAAGGCUGGGAGGCGACUGGAUAUGCCGUUGUAGCGACUGACUAUACUGGUCUGGGAAAUAACUACACGAGCCACAAGUAUCUCAGCAAUGCUGCCCAUGCCAACGACGUGAUUUACUCUGUCGUGGCCGCCAAGUCGGCAUUCCCGCACCGCUUGACGAACGAAUGGGUCUCCUUUGGGCACUCCCAGGGAGGGUCUGCUGUCUGGAAGCUCUCUGAGCACAAGCUUGUGCAAGACCUCAAGAGUGGUUACCUAGGAGGUAUCGCCUUGGCUCCCGCUGCCCCCCAGACUCGUGAACAAAUCAUAUCUGGACUCGACAUGUUUCGAGACUCUACUGAUCCCGCUGCCCUUUCCUACCUCCCCGCGAUGAUCGGCGUAUAUCUAGGUGUCAAGGCAGUCUUCCCCGACUACGAUCCCACUUGGCUAUCCAACGAGGCGAAGAAGAUCUUUGAGCUUCCAGGGUUAGGCCAGUAUUGUGUGACCGCCAUGUGGAGCCUCCUUAGCACCUCGUCCCCCGACAAGCUUCUCGCCAGCUUCGACGCCUCCAGGGACUUCACGUCGAUGCAGUUCCAAAAGAUCAACGGCGUGGGACUGGGGUCGUCAGCCAGCCGACCGCUUCUCAUCGCGCAUGGCGACAAGGACGUGACUGUGUCCGUGAAUAGUACCAUAGCCGCUUUCAAGGACGCUUGCUCGCAUGGCAACCCUAUUCACCUGAGCAUCUACCCCGGGCAGGAUCAUUCUGGGGUGGUUGCCGAGUCUAGGCCCGAAUGGCUUCGCUUCAUUGCUGAUCGGUUUGAUGGAGCAGAGUUCGACAACGCCUGUGCCAAAUAG